AUGGCGGAGGGGAAGCCCGCGGAGAUGACGUCGGACCCGGGGCGGCUCACGCGCGCGACGCAUUCGCACGCGAGCAGAGUGGCGACGGAACGCGAAGACUCGGGGCUGUUCGACGCGCGGCCGGCGGUGAUGUAUUUACAGCAGCGCGCGACGCCGACGUGGCUCGUGCGAUGA